CAUAUGGGUAUAAGCAUUGCUGACAUUAACGAGUGACAAACUCAUUUGAAUUUUUUUUGACAUUUUAAACUUAUUUCUUAAAAUGAUGUUUUUUUAGAAAGUGAACAAGUAAACUCAUAAAAAUGGCAUUUUGAACUUCAUUUGUUUGAAUUCUUUUUCAUUAUUAUGACCCAUAAUGUUUUACCAAAAAAAACUUUUGGCAGGCCCACAUGGCAAAAAGCGGAAGAGCAAUGAUGUUCAAAAGGACAAAGGCGUUCUACCUUCAGAGAAGCUUCUUCUUAACAUUCAAAUUCCACAUCAAUUAAAGAAGCAGCUAGUUGAUGAUUGUGAAUUCGUUAUGCAUUUGGGCAAGCUUGUUCUACUUCCUCGUUCUCCAACUGUGGAUGGACUGCUCAGCCAAUACAGUGACUAUCGGUUACAGAAGGAUGGAAUGAUAUCAGAUUCACUAAGGGAAAUUCUGAGUGGGUUGCAACGCUACUUCGACAAAGCACUGUAUGCUUUGCUGCUAUACAAGAACGAGCGUGAACAGUACCAAGAAGUAAUCACAGGCGUCACAUAUCCUUCGUUUGUGUAUGGCGCCGAGCAUCUAUUACGCUUGUUUGUUAAGUUGCCUGAAAUGUUGCGCCAUGCAAAUAUCGAGGAGGAGACAGUAACAGUGCUUCGGCAGGAAUUGCAGGAUUUCCUGAGGUUCCUGCUGAAGAACCAGACCUCAUUCUUCUCUUCCACUUAUGUGGAUGCUAAAGGCUCUUCUGCCUGCUAAUGCUGUGGUGGUUUUGGUUACCAAGGAGAAGAAGAAGAAAUGCCUUUGCUUAAUUUUAAUCCUAAUCUCUUAACUCUUCUUUUGUAUAUAUGACGACGACGACGACUACAAGCAGGCACUUGGUCUGCAUAUUUAAAAAAUAACAAAACAUUUUUUGUUUGAGUAUCACUAAUUAAUCCUAGCCUUUUUAUGUUUAAUUACCUUUAUCUGGAUUGUUAACGUGAUGAUUAUGUCCAGGUAUGCAAUUGUUCUACUUAAUGCUCGUACUAUACUUGUUAAUCUUUGCGAUUUAGAGGAAAAUUAAAAUUUUACAGUAAUAAAUUUUCAACCAAUAU